UUCCAUUUAUGGCCAGCUCUUUUAUAAAUCCAAAGACGCUUUCAAUCAGUUGAGGAAUAGGCUGGAAACCAUAUAUACACAGAGUACGAUCACACGUCAGCCUUCCCACCUACCUCAUGGAUCCUGAACGGCUGGUUCAGUGUCCCUAUGACAAAAAUCAUCAGAUCAGAUCCAGCCGUUUCCCUUAUCACUUGGUGAAGUGCAAGAAGAACAAUCAAAAGAUUGCUAAAGGACUAGCAACAUGCCCCUAUAAUGCCCGCCACAGAAUUCCCAAGCAGCAGCUCAGUUUCCAUAUUGAAAAUUGUGAGAAUCGAGUUCCUCUGGAGGUGUUCAAUGUGGCUACCAAUCCAAACAUGGGAAUCAAAGAGGUGGCUGCUGCGCAGGGCCCAGCUCCGCAGGAAGAUUGGGAGGCUGAUGCUGAUGAAUCUCCUGCUCCUCCUUUUCUGUUUGGGGCCAGCUAUUCUGAACAGAAGUAGAAUCUACAUCUGUGAAGGUUUUAUCAUGAGGAUCCUACUGAAGAAACAAUCAGGACAAUUCUUUUAAACAUUCAAGGCAACCCCUUUU